AAUUCUCUCUCCAAACGCGCCCUUAAUAAGCUUUCUCUAUCACCAUCAACCAUCUUCUCUCUCUCUAUAAAACCUGUAGCUAGAUUCGUCAGAUUCUCACACCUCAUGCAUUAAUAUAAUUAUUACUCUCUUCCCAUCUCCCCAAUCUUUAAUUCUGCAUCUAUUGGUAGGAACUUAAAAGCUGCCUCUUCAUCGAAAUUUGCCACUCGAAGAACAAAAAAGAUAAAUCGAUAAAGCUUUUGCAGAUUAGAGAUGGAAGACCACAAGGAGAAAAAUGCUCCGUGGCUAUCUGUGCCGCAAUUUGGAGACUGGGAUCAAAAGGGCGUCAUGCCCGACUACUCCAUGGAUUUCACAAAAAUUCGAGAAAUGAGGAAGCAAAACAAGAGGGAUCCAUCGAGGGCUAGUCUUGGAAACGACGAAGAGCUCAUAGCUCCAACCACUAGAAGUUCGGACACAAUCCGCAACAAUAUUGACCACGACACCAAGUAUCAUCACGAUGGCCAUUCCCCAACGACGAGGAAGAGCUUCUUCAGCUACUUCAACUGCUGUGUCAAAGCUUGAGAGAGAGAGAGAGAGAGAGAGAGAGAGAGAGAGAGAGAGAGAGAGAGAGAGAGAGCUCAUACAUGUUUAAUCAUCCAAAUUUUACUUUCAUGUUUUGACAGUGUUUGUGGUUUGGUGGAAAUAAUAAAAUACUAGAGUUUUGUAUCA